AUGAGAACCUCUGUAUCUCGCACGUGUACACGUGCGAAGGGAAAGGAGCCCAAUCAAUUGCAACUACAUCAUGCUCGAGUAAGUUGCAGAAUCUAUGUAAUUAAUCGGCUGCCUUCCAGCUGUGCCACAGUUGAGCCCCCCAACUGGCAUUGGAUUCCGAGCGCUACCCUCGCCAAUUGCCUUUUCGGUCUAUCACACGCCUCCGAGCCGUCCUCUUUAUCUUCACCCUCAUCCCCAUCCUCAUCGACCCCACUUCACUCCACCACACCCCCUGCAGCAAUGGGUAAUGGCCAGAGCGGCAUGCCGCCGGGCGGUCCACCUGGCGACAACCAGCAAGACAAGAAGAAGAAGAAGUACGAGCCUCCCCCGGGCCCUACUCGCGUCGGUCGCAAGAAGAAGAGGCGUGGUCCCGAGGUUGCCGCCAAGCUCCCCAACAUCACCCCGACUGCCAAAUGCCGGUUACGUAUGCUAAAGCUGGAGCGCGUGAAGGACUAUCUCCUCAUGGAGGAAGAGUUCGUCACAAAUCAGGAGCGCUACAAACCGCGCGAGGAGCGCACCGAGGAAGAUCGAUCCAAGGUCGAGGAUAUUCGCGGCACCCCCAUGGGUGUGGGUACGCUGGAGGAAAUCAUUGAUGAUGAUCAUGCGAUUGUUUCGUCCGCUGUCGGCCCAGAGUACUAUGUUUACAUUACUUCGUUUGUGGACAAGGAUCAGUUGGAGCCAGGCAGCUCCGUGCUGCUGCAUCAGAAAGUCCUCAGCGUUGUGGGUAUGCUGGCUGAUGAUGCCGACCCGAUGGUCAGCGUGAUGAAGGUUGAUAAGGCACCGUUGGAAAGCUAUGCGGACAUUGGCGGGCUGGAGGACCAAAUCCAGGAGAUCAAAGAGGCCGUCGAGCUGCCGCUGACUCAUCCGGAACUCUACGAGGACAUGGGCAUCAAGCCUCCAAAGGGUGUGAUCUUGUACGGCGAGCCGGGGACCGGAAAGACUCUUCUGGCAAAGGCAGUUGCAAACAGCACGUCAGCGUCGUUUUUGAGGGUCGUCGGGUCCGAAUUGAUUCAAAAGUAUUUGGGAGACGGGCCCAAGCUUGUGCGAGAACUAUUUCGUGUGGCGGAGGACAUGGCGCCGUCCAUUGUGUUUAUUGAUGAGAUUGAUGCCGUUGGGACGAAGAGGUAUGACACCACCUCUAGUGGGGAGAGGGAGAUUCAGAGGACUAUGCUCGAGUUGCUAAAUCAGCUUGAUGGGUUUGAUAGUAGGGGAGAUGUUAAGGUGCUGUUGGCUACCAAUCGCAUUGAAACUCUUGAUCCGGCGCUGCUUCGGCCUGGCCGUAUCGAUCGUAAGAUUGAAUUCCCGCUGCCUGACGAGAAGACGAAGCGCAGAAUUUUCACUAUUCAUACCGGGCGCAUGACACUGGCCCAGGACGUUAAGCUGGAGGAGUUCGUCAUGAGCAAGGAUGACUUGAGUGGAGCUGACAUCAAAGCAAUUUGCACAGAGGCUGGGCUGAUGGCUUUGCGUGAAAGGCGGAUGAAGGUGAUGCACGCAGAUUUCAGAAAGGCGAGGGAAAACGUUUUGUACAAGAAGAACCAGGGCGUUCCUGAAGGGCUAUACUUGUAAGUCUGCUAAACUAGCCUCUUAGAAUCUUUCGCUGGUAACAAUUCGUAUCUAUCGUUUCAACGGCGAUGGGUACCAAAGGUCCCCAGUAAAGUCCCCGCCCUGCACGUUUCAUCUUA